CACCUUUUCCGUCGUGCGGAUGAGAUCGUCGUCGAUCUCACGAGCUUGCUUCUGACUUCAUCGGCGGACAACACAUCAUCAAUCCACGAUUCUGUCAUUCACUCAUCAAUCAGUCAGCAAUCCACCAUCCGCUAUAUGGAAUAAUAUGACUGAUCAUUUCAUCAUCCCGUGAUGAUGAUGGGAUUGAGGAUAAUUUGCUCUUGCUGUAUGAUGGAUUGGUGGAUAUAAAAUAUUAUUUCUUCCCGAAAGUCGCCUGCACUUAUUUACUGCCAUUCACUACUAUUCAUACAAACAAAUAUUUCCUCAUAAUCAUACAAAAUGAGCGACGGUGAACACGCACUCGCUAAAACUGUUUUCGGCUCCGACCGACUGUCUGCCUCUAAGCUUUUCAACGUUGAUGGCUGGGUCGUCCUGGUAACCGGUGGUGGUACUGGCCUCGGUCUCAUCACAGCGGGUGCAUUGGCUGAAAAUGGCGCCAAAGUAUAUAUUACUGGUCGAAGAUUAGAGCCUCUCGAGGAAGCUGCGAAGACUGCCGCGCCUAAGGGAGGUAAGGGGACGAUUAUUCCACUCCAAGCCGACAUGAGCAAGAAGGAGGAUAUCGACAAGGUAAAGGAGACUAUCAUUUCGAAGGAAAAGUGGUUGAAUGCUCUCAUCAACAACCACGGCGUUGCAAUCACUCCCCCGAAGAUUGACGAGGCCGAGCAGACUGCCGAGGGAUUGUCAAAGUUCAUGUAUGAUGAAGAGAAGUUUGACAACUGGCUUGAUGCCUACCGAAUCAACACCGCCUCAUAUUACUUUACUUCCUUCGCCUUCCUUCCUCUCUUGGCUGCUGCUAAGAGCGUUGGUAACUAUUCUGAGCCUGGUAACAUCAUCAACGUUGCUUCCGUCAGUGGAGUGGCCGUUACCUCUCAAGGAGGUCAAUUCAGCUACAACUCGAGCAAAGGUGCUACUAUCGCUCUCACUCGUAUGUUGGCUACGGAAUUGGCUCGACGAGAGCUAGGAAUUCGAGUCAAUAUGAUCUGCCCUGGCUAUUUCCCUUCGGGAAUGACCGGGUAUACCGAGGAUGACACCCAGCCCAGCAAGGAGUUCAAAGACAAGAUGGGCACGCCAUUGGGUAGGACUGGAAAUGCAAUUGACUAUGCCCAAACCGUCUUUAGCCUUCUUUCUAAUCAAUACAUCACUGGAAGAGAGCUGGUCGUCGAUGGCGGUUAUCUGCUUAAUCAGAUCUAAGCUGCUGAAAGUUAAUCCUAUUUGUUGGUACUGAGAUUGAAGGAUCAGAAUGACAAGUAUAAUAGUGCUGUGCUGUGCCGUUGUUUGUGAUGAUAUGCAGCAGCGUAGCCAAGAUCGUGCUGACCUUGUGUUAUAAACAUUGACAG